AUGAGUCUCACGGAUAAACAAAGGCAGGACUUUACUGGAUGCAGCCUUGAAGAUGUACGUCAGACCGUCAAAGAUCUUCAGAAGGAAAGAGAAGAUCAGAAGAAGAUGCGAAACAUGGCGAGGCUGCAGGCAUUUCUUGAGGCUAUGGAUCAGUAUAGGAAAGUUGUAGAAGCUUUCCUUAAUUGCACACCUUUUUUGGGCUAUGUCUGGGUUGGAUGGAAAAUGCUCUUUCGAUUCUCUUGGAAAACGUUUGAGACACAGUUCAGACGAAUCUUAGACAGUCUGGCGAGGCACAAAGAGUUGAUAGAAAGCGAAAAAGGAACCGUCACUUUGUUCGAAAUCCAAGAUCUGCACGAACUUACUAAGUUGCAAUUCAAAGAGAUAGUCGGCCGGGAGCAAAUGAGGCAAGUCUCCGUUCUUCUCGAGAAGUUGAAUGCUCCUAAUUAUCAUCUGGAUCAAUGUGCGGCAUCAAAGCAUAGAGAAGGUCGUUCGUCGGGGUCAUGGGUGUUGCUGGAUGAGAAAUUCCAGAAAUGGGCCAACAUUAGUGCCGAAGGGAAUCCCUUGCUUUAUAUUCACGGCAUUCCAGGAGCAGGCAAAACCACAUUGGCAUCUUUCAUGAUUGAAAGACUCCAAGAGGACAAAUCGGUGCCUGUAGUCUUCUUCUAUUGCAAGCAUGGAGAACUCGACAAGAACAACUUCAACGGCAUUCUUCGAGCACUAGUGGCUCAGCUCUUGUCUGAGGACCACGCCCUGAUUUCUUCUCUGUACAACAUCUGUUCCUCAAAAGAUCAAGCCGGAGUGACGAUGAUAUUAGAAGAACUUGCCGGAAUGGCAUUCGACAGCAAAGAAACGUCUUUUGUUGUUCUGGAUGGCCUGGAUGAAUGCUUACCAGAUGAAGCUGAAAAGACACUUUCUUGGUUUCAAUCACAGCAAGAAAAAAGCAGCAUGACGGAUUCUGGCCAUAUCCGCCUUCUAUGCGUCGGCCAACGUGUGGACGCCCUCCAAAGAGAGCUGUCGUUGGCGGCAGACAUUACGCUGGACGAGAACCCCAGUCAUCUUGAAGAUGUGGAGCGCUACGUGAAAGAGCAAGCAGAUGCUCUUAAAGCAGAUUUCGAACUCAGCUCCGAGGAUGAGACAGAGAUUGUGACGCGAGUCGUGGGCAGUGCAAAGAGUAAGAAUCCUUCUUUCAUCGACGUGUUCUCUUCCCUCCAAGUAGGUGAAAAUCUAAAGUCAAACUCUAGUGCAGAUUGGGAGCCGCAGACGGAGGCUGUCUUAAGCCUGGUGCAUGAUACAGCGCGCGACUUUCUGGUUCGCAAGGCAUUGCUAAAUGUCUCGCUACAGCAUGCUAAGAUGGCUCUAUUCUGUACGGAAUAUUUGUUAUCAAGCCCGUUUGACUAUACUACUCAAGCUGAUGAGCUGAACAACCAUGUUAGAAGUGGCUAUUAUGCCCUGCAAGACUACGCUAUUUCACAUUGGCUUGAUCACAUGACAUAUUCCUUACGAGCAAAGAAUCCCCCUGACAUAUCAGUCGAUACUCACAAUGAGCUAGUCUCUCAGUUACGGUCGUUCGUCAACGAAUAUGGCGUUCCAGAAAAGAUUCAAUAUCUCGGGAGUAUACAGGAAGACGGACACCUUAUAGAUUUCAUUCCCAAAGACAUUUCAGUCUGGAGUCAAUGGUUUGAUCUAGAGUGGAGAGCCUGUCAUGUGAGAGGCACCAUUGAGUCGGUGGGCAACGGAUCGACGUCUGACGACACAGACCGAGACAUGAUGCGCGAUAUCUAUGGAACGAGACUCUUCAAAUGCUCUAGACUUGCGUGCAACCUAUUCACGACAGGUUUCAACUCAAAGACUGAACGAGAAGACCAUCUCAAUGAACAUGAACGACCUUUCCAUUGCGUCGAACCAUUUUGUCCUUAUACAACCUUAGGAUUCCGGACGGAAGUGGAACUUGAGUCUCAUCUAAUACACAGUCAUCCCGAAGACGAUGGCGAUGAAGAUUCAUUUCCCGAGCCACCAACCAAAAGAAAGAAGGACAGCAUACUUAAAGCCUGUGCCAGAGGUGACAUCGUGGCUGUCAAAAGUUUCCUGGACAAUGGUGAAGAUAUCAACAAGGCAAGUCGUCCAAAAGGGAGGGAAACACCGCUUUACGUUGCUGCGGAGAAUGGUCGCCUAAAUGUCUGCAAGAUGCUAUUGGACAGGGACGCCGAUAUAAACCAUGAAGGAAGCCGAGAGUCCAUGGAGUCUACGGCUUUGGAUGCGGCGGUUUCUUCAGGCCACUUGGAGAUUAUCCAAUAUUUUUUGGAGCGAAGUGACAUCUUAAAUGAUCAACGAGACAGACCUACAAGCUAUCCAGGUCCACUACACCUAGCGAUACAAGCAAAGUCUGAAGCAAUAUUUUAUGCCCUGUUGAAUAGCAAAAAUAAUGCUUCGAAUCAACUACGUUAUAUAUCUCUAAGGGAGAGAAAAGGCCAGCCUGGCGUUAAAGUGCUCAGGACUCCCCUCAGUCCUCUGAUGUUAGCGGCCGAAACAGGACAAGAAAGAAUGGUUAAAAUGCUCUUAGCAAUUGAUGGAGUUGACUUGAACUUGAAGGACUAUUAUGAUCGAACUGCAUUAGUGUUUGCGGUAGAGAAAAAUCAAGAAGUAGUGGUCAGAAUCCUUUUGGCGAAUGACAAAGUCGACCCUAAUACAGCAGAUGAAGCCGGUCGGACUCCAAUAAUUCGAGCAAACGAAGGAGGCUACGAGACGAUUAUCAAGCUGCUUUUGGCGACUGGUAAGGUUAAGCCUGAAAUAGCAGAUGGAAGCGGUCAAAAUCUACUAGGCUGGGCAGUUGAAAGGGGCUACGAGACGAUUAUCAAGCUGGCUUUAGCGGCAAGUAAGGUCGAUCCUAAUGCAACAGAUGAAAGGGGCCAAACUCCACUCCACUUGGCAGUUGAAAGGGGUCAUGAGACAGCUACUAAGCUGCUUUUAGCGACUGAUAAGGUCGACCCUGAUAUAUUGGAUAGAAUCGGUCGAACUCCACUAAGCUGGGCAGCCGAACGAGGCCAUGAGACGAUUAUUAAGCUGCUUUUGGCGACAGACAAGGUGAAUCCUGAAAUAUCUGAUAAGAGCGGCCGUACUCCAACAAUCUGGGCAGCCCAAGAGGGGCAUGAGAUGAUUGUUAAGCUGCUUUUGGGGACAGACAAGGUUAAUUCGGAUACCAAAAACCGCCACUGCAGGACAACCUUGCUCAGAGCGGUAGUUUACGACCCAUUCAUCCCUUCUUCUCCACGAAAAAUGGCCGAGAAACGUCUAGAAAUUGUGAACAUACUCCUAUCAACAGGCCAAGUCGACAUAGACGCGAGAGAUGAGACUGGUGAAUCGCCAUUAUUGUGGCUAGCGAGGUCCGGGUUCAAGGAGUCAACCCAAUUGCUCCUAGAUGUAGGCGCCAAUCCAGACUUAAAAGAUUGGCAAGGUCAGACAGCGUUGGACAAAGCUGUAGAGAACGGACACGAAGAAGUUAUCAAAUUGCUCAGAGUAGCUAGUUGUCAGACAUAA